GAAAAAGACACAAAUAGAUCGAAAAAGAUACAUAGGUAACCAUGAAAACAAUGGGAUUGCUCUGUUUUUUCAUAGCAUCUCUAACGAUAAUGCUGUCUGUUUCUCUGGGAAAUUCACAGCAUCAACAAAACCCAGAUAUCAAACAAUUCCUCGCUUGUUUCUCAGUUCAUUCAAACGCUAAAACACCCCAAGUCAUAUACACCCAACAAAACACCUCAUACACUUCUAUCUUGAACUUGCACGUUCAGAACAAACGAUACAAGAAACAAACCACUCCAAAACCUCUUGCCAUCAUAACCGCCAAAAGCGAGAGUCAUGUCCAGGCAGCAGUUACAUGCGCCAAAUCAAACGGAAUUCAGAUCAGAAUCCGAAGCGGUGGCCACGACUAUGAGGGUGUUUCAUAUGUCUCAGACGUGCCGUAUGUGAUUCUCGACAUGUUUCCUCUUCAUUCUAUUGAUUUGGACAUAAAAAGUGGCACUGCGUGGGUUCAGUCUGGAGCCACCAUUGGUCAACUUUACUACGAAAUAGCAAAGCAAAGCAAUGUGCAUGCUUUCCCAUCAGGGGUGUGUUCCACUAUGGGUACCGGUGGCCACUUUUCUGGUGGUGGGUAUGGCAAUUUGAUGAGAAAAUAUGGUCUUUCUGUUGAUAACAUCAUCGAUGCCAAAUUGGUGGAUGCGAAUGGUGUUGUUCGAGAUAGGAAAUCAAUGGGGGAGGAUCUGUUUUGGGCUAUAAGAGGAGGUGGUGGAGCCAGUUUUGGGGUUAUUCUUUCAUGGAGGAUCAAAUUGGUCGCUGUGCCCGCACAAGUGACUGUGUUCAAUGUGAAGAAAUCUGUGAAAGAAGAUGGAACUGAUGUUGCUUACAAGUGGCAACUGGUUGCACCAAAACUAGACAGAGAUCUUUUCAUAAGGGUGGAACCUGAUGUGGUGAAUGGAACAGUGAUAGUCUCUUUCAUUGGCCAGUUUUUAGGUUCAACCGAAAGGCUUGUUCCUUUGGUGAAUCAAGCAUUCCCUGAAUUGGGUUUGAAAAAGAGUGAUUGCAUAGAAAUGCCUUGGGUAAAUUCCACUCUAUUCUGGGAGGAUCUCCCAGUUGGUACCCCUAUUGAAGCUCUGCUACCAACUUCUGGUGAACCACCUGCGAUAUACUUUAAGAGUAGAUCAGAUUAUGUGAAAAACCCGAUCCCAAAAACAGCCUUCAAACAGAUGUGGGAUUUGAUGACUAAAUAUAACAACAUUUGGAUGCAGUGGAACCCUUAUGGAGGGAUGAUGGAGGAGAUUUCAGAAUCAGCAACGCCUUUUCCUCACAGGAAAGGGAACUUGUUCCUGAUUCAGUAUUUUGUGUUCUGGACUGAAGAUGGUGCUGAGGCCUAUGAUCGUUACAUGAACUAUUCGAAGUCGUUUUAUGAUUUUAUGACCCCUUUUGUUUCUAGGUCUCCGAGGGAAGUGUUUCUGAAUUACAGGGAUCUUGAUGUUGGUGCCAAACAUCCAAGUUCUUCAGCAAGCUUGCAAGAUGCUGAAAUAUAUGGAACCAAGUUCUUCAAGGAAAACUUUGAUAAAUUAGUGCGCGUCAAAACCAACGUUGAUCCUUCAAAUUUCUUCACCUAUGAACAGAGUAUACCACCUAAAUCUGCCUAGCUUUAGCUGCUAAUUUCAUCAAUCAAUAAGAUCAAAUUGUUUGGCUAUGUGUUUUUCUAUACUUACGGUGUGGUUAGUUCUCUUCAAAAUUUUAAAAGUU